CAGCGGACCGGUGGGAGAUCGCACUCAUUCCGCAACACGGUUUAUCCGAUGCAUGAGACGACGGCUCGCGCUCUCGGGCAGCGACGCAGUCACGCAGAGAUUAACGGAUCAGGAUUUUGACUGCCGGGACAAAUGAAUACAAAUGAAUUUAGCGACCCGAAGGAGAGACCGCAGAACCUCUCGUCUCGUGGCAAAGAGAGCUCUUCUUCUGUGCACUCUACUUUAUUUAACUUCUUUUGGAUUCAGCCAAGUACUCUCUGAAGAUGUGGACGUGUUGCAGCGAUUGGCUCUGCGCGCUGAACUGGGUUCUCGCACCGUUCCCACUGGUGUCAUCUCUCUCCGUUCUGGAGUCAUCCUUACGACACAGGCAAGAGUUACCACAGCAACACGCUCCGUGUUCCCAUCAGAACUCUUUUGGAAAUGCACUAUCGUAUUGAGUGUCCGAUCUCACCGCCUAAACUCAGCAUUUCUCUUUUCCGUCCACUCUGGGAGUCGGAUUCAGCUCGGACUCGAAAUUUCGCCAGGUAAUCUAACGUUUCAUGCCGGGCCUGGGAAUACCGCCGUCUUCCCUUACGACCUCCAUGACGGACGCUGGCAUCAUUUAGCCUUCGUUCUAAAUGGACAAUCGGUGACUUUGCACUCUCCCUGCGUGGAUGAGGCCGAUGCUGGAGUUGCGCAGAAACUCCCUGUUCUUCCUGAACGUCUAAAUCCUCGCGGAACUUUUCGCUUGGGUGGAAGCAGCGCUUUGCUUCCAGGUGCAGUUGCUUUUGAGGGGGCAGUCUGCCAGUUUGAUGUUGUGCCCUCGGCACAGGCGCAACAGAAUUAUUGUAGCGCCAUUCGCAGGCAGUGCAGAGAAAAUGACACCUACAGGCCGGCCUCACCCCCUGCUCUCUUGCCCCUCCCAUCCAGACACGUCCCACCACUAUUGGCCCAAACAUUACCGCCGAAUCGCACUUUCUCUAUCACUCCCACUAGUUUCCUUUGGACAUCCAUAAAUGCCGCAGGAGGUUCUCCUGCUGUUAAAGUGAGUGAUGCUAUUCCCAAGUUUUCUUCUACCACACAUCCGCCCCUUCCCCUGAUACAAACAGGACUUGAAACUCCGUUAUCUUGGGGAUAUUUAAAUUCAGUCAUCCCAAAACCUACACUCAGGACACUCAAAAGCCCCAAGCCGACUGCACGAAAGACUGCAGCAGUCUGGCUUACCCCAACAAAACCAAGUACAUCCAAUCCCACACCAGGAAAACCUUCUCCGAAACCUUCUGGACCAAAGCCCACGAUAACCAGACCAACUUUAUCCAAACUCGGGACUUCGAAACUGAGUGGACCCAAACCUACGCCAGCGAAGCCUUCCAGAGCCUCAGUUGCAAAAUCAACUGCCGCAAAGCUGACAGCAAAGAAGCAAACUCUUGUGCCAAAGCCUACUAAAAUCAACCCUACGAAGAAGACUUCAAUUGGUGCUCCAUCUGCCAGUCCUAAUAAUAAACAAAAUGGUAUUAAAAAAACACAAUCAGACCUGGUACCAAGCGCCUCCAAAAGACCCUCAAUGGCACCAAACAAAAAGCCACUCCUGUCCAAAACCAACACCCAAAAUCACUCUCUACAAACCCCAAAAUCAACUCUGCUGACCACCAUAGCCCCCAAAACACCCCUGAAAAGCUUGCCAACCCCCAAAUCAAUCUUAUUCACCACUGUUGCCCCAAACACCCUAGAAAAAAGCCUUCCAACCCCCAAAUCCACUGUACUGACCACCGCUGCUCCAAGCAAAGCCAAAAUAAUCUUGCCAACCUCCAUAUCCACUCUACGCAUCACUGCUGCCACAAGCAAACCCAAAACACAUCUGCUGACCCCAAAAAACAAUUCUAACAAACCAAAAACACCUGUGCAGUAUGUCACACCUUGUACUCCAAGGCUCACCAUCCAAUCUGUGACUUCCCCGGCUUUGGACGACUUCCAGAGCUUGGAGGCAGACCCAACCUUGGUUUUGCUUCUGGUUGGACCACCGGGACAAAAAGGAGAUCCUGGGCUAGUGGGAUUUCCAGGACCUCCAGGGAAACCAGGGCAGCCAGGGAAAAGAGGACCUCGGGGACCCCCGGGACCACACGGCAAGCCAGGUCGACCCGGGCCUCUAGGUUUGAAGGGGAAAAAAGGAGACCCUGGACUCUCUCCUGGAAAAGCACCAAAAGGAGAUAAAGGUGACCCUGGUCUGCUCGGUCCUGUUGGUUUAGUCGGGUUAGAAGGCUGUAAGGGACAAAAAGGCCAUCCAGGUCCACCAGGCCUCCCCGGGGAACCAGGUGAACAGGGUCCUGUUGGUAGUGCUGGAGCCAAAGGCUAUCCUGGCAGGCAGGGUUUACCUGGACCAAUAGGGCCUCUUGGGUCAAAAGGUGCUCGGGGUUUCAUUGGAAUUCCUGGACUUUUUGGUUUACCUGGACCUGAUGGUGAGAGAGGUAUUCCUGGUCCUCCAGGGAAGAGGGGCAAGAUGGGUAGGCCGGGCUUUCCUGGGGAUUUUGGAGAGAGAGGGCCACCGGGACUUGAUGGAGAACCAGGUGUGAUUGGAGCUCCUGGUCCUUCUGGUGUUCCUGGUUUGAUUGGUGAUGUGGGCCCGGCUGGCAUAGUCGGUUUACCAGGACCAAAUGGACUAAAAGGUGUACCAGGAAACAUGGGCGAGCCCGGACUGAAAGGUGAUAAGGGUGAUGUGGGACUUCCUGGAGAGCAAGGGGAGAUUGGCUUCCAAGGAGACAAGGGUGUUCAGGGUUUACCAGGAUUGCCAGGGCCUCGAGGAAAGCCAGGACCCCAGGGCAAACCAGGAGAGAGAGGGCCCAGUGGAUUACCUGGUCCACCAGGACCUGAGGGUUUCCCUGGUGACAUUGGAAAACCUGGACUCAAUGGACCUGAGGGCCCAAAGGGUAAGCCUGGAGCGAGGGGUUUACCAGGGCCACGUGGAGCUGCAGGACGAGAGGGUGACGAGGGUCCUGUGGGGCCACCAGGGCCAGUCGGACUCGAGGGUCUAAUGGGUAGUAAGGGUUUCCCUGGGGCUAUUGGACUUGAAGGAGUCAAGGGUGAGCAGGGAGUCACAGGACAGGCUGGGCCCAUGGGUGAGAGGGGUCUUGUUGGCUUCAUCGGUCCUGCAGGGGAGGUUGGACUAGCUGGAGAGAAGGGCGAUCGUGGCGAGAUGGGAUUGCCCGGGCCUCCAGGAGAGAAAGGAUCUACGGGUCACCCUGGAACCCCUGGAGAGAGUGGCCCACCAGGACCAGCAGGCAGUCCGGGCUCACCGGGAUCACGUGGACCCAUUGGCAUGAGAGGACCUAAAGGAAGACGGGGUCCGAGAGGUCUAGAUGGUGUGACAGGUGAACCUGGAACUGAAGGCAAGAAGGGUCCUGAUGGUCCUCCAGGAAAAAUUGGUUUCCCAGGAAAUGGGGGCAAGAUUGGGGAAUCUGGGGAGGUGGGGCCAAAAGGAUUUUCGGGAAUCCAGGGGCCAUCCGGAGCCACAGGUGACAAAGGAAUUGCAGGAGAGCCAGGACCUCCAGGGGCCACAGGAACUAUCGGACCUCCUGGAAAUCCAGGGCUGAAGGGCCCUGCAGGAAAAGUUGGCGACCCUGGACUUCCAGGAGAACCUGGAGAGAAGGGCUCACUCGGACCGGCAGGGAAUGCUGGGGCAGCAGGACUUAUCGGACCACGGGGAGAACCAGGUUUGGAGGGUGAAGCUGGUCCAUCUGGUCCUGAUGGUGCCAAGGGUGAAAAAGGCGACAUGGGCAGCGAGGGUGAGCAGGGUGUCAGAGGUGAACCUGGAAUCAAGGGCAAAGAAGGGCCACCGGGCGACCCCGGACUCACCGGCGUCAGAGGUCCUGAAGGAAAAUCUGGUAAAAAUGGUGAAAGAGGGAAACUGGGGUUAAAGGGUGCCAAAGGUAACAUCGGUCACUUGGGAGAGACAGGAACCAUGGGAAAGAUUGGACCUAUCGGAACCACCGGACCAAAGGGCUCUCGAGGAACCAUUGGGCAUGUGGGUGCUCCAGGACGGAUGGGGCUGCAGGGUGAUCCAGGCAUUUCAGGAUAUGGGGGUCAUCAGGGACCUCAGGGUCCAAUGGGACCCCCAGGAUCGAAAGGUCAAAAGGGUGAACAGGGGGAUGAUGGGAAGGUGGAGGGCCCGACCGGUCCACCAGGACUCAGAGGACCAAUAGGAAAGCGAGGAGACAGGGGCGAGUCAGGAGAUCCAGGAUACGUGGGUCAGCAGGGUGUUGAUGGUUUAAGAGGCAAACCUGGUGCUCCUGGGCUUCCUGGCGAUCCUGGUCCAUGUGGAUUACAAGGCCCUAAAGGAUCCAAGGGAGAACAGGGUCAGAAGGGUAAACAGGGUCAACAGGGUGAGCAUGGCAGCAGAGGAUCACCAGGUGUUGUUGGGUUUCCUGGCCCGAAAGGUACUGUUGGUCGAGAAGGACAGGAGGGAGUUCCUGGCAUGGAUGGGGUUCCUGGGAAAGAUGGAAGCAAAGGAAUACCAGGUGAUCAAGGAGACGAUGGUGAAUUCGGUUUGCCUGGUAAACCAGGUGCCCAUGGCAAAGCUGGCGUGCCCGGGUUACCAGGCAAUCAGGGAUCAUUUGGUCCAAAGGGUGAGAGGGGCCUUCCCGGGCACCCUGGCCCCUCAGGAAAGAGAGGUUUUAAGGGAGGAAUGGGGCUUCCUGGAACCCAGGGUGACCGGGGCCGUAAGGGCCAACCUGGUGACAUUGGGGAACCCGGUUUUCCAGGGAUACUUGGAAUGUUUGGACCAAAGGGGCCACCAGGAGACUUUGGACCAAAGGGGAUUCAGGGACCUAAAGGACCCCAGGGCAACAUGGGUAGAGGUGGUUUAGCUGGACCUGUUGGUGUAAUUGGUCCUAUCGGUAAUCCAGGCCCAAGAGGAGACACUGGCAGCAAAGGAGGAAUGGGUGUUCAGGGUCCUAGAGGCGCUCCGGGACCACGUGGCCCUCCAGGACCUCCGGGCCCAUUAGGAGUCCCAUUGAACUUUAAGCAAGAUGGUCUUGGUGUACCCAUGCCAGUUUUUAUGGAAACACACACACACAAAAUUGAGGGUCGGAGUGUGUUGGACAUGCUUAUGUUGGAUCAGGCUCCAGAGAUCUUGCGGACUCUCCAUUACUUGAGUUCUCUGGUUCACAGCUUGAAGAAUCCACUGGGCACACAAGAUCAUCCUGCUCGACUCUGCAAAGACCUGCACGACUGUCAGGACACACUCUACGAUGGCACUUAUUGGAUCGACCCAAAUCUGGGCUGCUCCUCUGACUCUAUAGAAGUGAUGUGUAACUUCACGGGUGGUGGACGAACAUGUCUCAGACCCAUCACCACAGCCAAGCUGGUGUUCAGUGUUGGGCGUGUCCAGAUGAACUUCUUGCAUCUGCUGAGUGCCGGAGCCGAACAGCGAAUCACAAUACACUGCCUGAACGUGACGAUCUGGAGCCACGGCCCCUCCCAACUCCCAUCCCAGAAUGUUGUUCAGUUUCACGCGUGGACUGGAGAGACCCUAGAGCCUGAUGUGUUAACAGACACAUGCUGGCAACUGAAUGGGCACUGGCAACAAGCUCACUUCCUGUUCCGGGUCUCGGACCCAUACCUACUUCCUGUUGUACGCAUAAGCAAUCUACCGAAGAUGACAGCCACAACACGCUUUCACCUAGAGGUCGGACCUGUGUGCUUCCUGUAGUGUGUGUUUGUGUAAGAGUGUGUUUGUUUGUGUGUGUGCUUAACGCCACACACUGUGUCCCCGCCCACAGUCCGCCCCCUUCGGUAUUCAGCCACUGAUUGGACUGCAGCAACAGGAAGAGGUGGUGUGGGCGGGGCUUUGGGAGAUUUAGCACUAAAGACUCCUACAGUCUAAAGGAAUCCCCGCCCCUACCAGCCACGGAUGUCCAAUCAGAUUUGACUCUUCGACAAUACAAGCCAAUCAUCUCGCGGGGACAAACACUUAGGACAUCCUGGCCAGGGAGACACUGCCAAGCCCUUUCUGUCUUUCUUUAUCUCUUUUUUUUUUUCAUUCUUUCUAUCAGUCUUUCCUUUUUCUUUCAUGUUUCUUUUGGUUGCUCUCUUUCAAAUGUACAAUAAUAAAAUGAAUAAAUUAUUAUAAUACUUGUACUUUUAAUAUAAGAGCCAGUUUAAUGCAGAGAUUAAUUAAAGGGACAGUUGACCCAAUUACUAAAAUUCUGUCAUCAUUUGCUCACCCUCAUGUUGUUCCAAACCCAUACCGAACACUAAAGGAGAUGUUUGGCAAAAUGUUAGCCUCAGUCACCAUUCACUUUCAUUGCACAUUUGUUCCCUACAUUGAAAGUGAUUGGUGACUAAGGCUGAAGGUGAGUAAAUGACGACAGAAUGUUCAUUUUUAGGUGAACUAACCCUGUAAGAUCAUUGGGAGAUAUUAUAUACAUAAACAUAACGUUUAUCUGAUCUUUUUUACAGUAAUGUUGUCACAUGUAAAAAAAAAAAAGAAAUGCUAAAGUGCAAUAGGAAAAUGAAAAAAAAAAUGAUAAUUGAUUAUAUAUUGCUGAGUGUGUGUCUCUUUAUGGAAGGCUUUUACUCCAUCAAACAGGGAAGUGUGUAUGUGUUUGUUAGAGAAGUCACAUUUUAGUGUAGCUGUGGAAGUGUAUGUUUGUGUGUUUGUGUCGCAGUUCAAUAAAUGAGUGAAGGUGUGUUUUUCUAUCAAGCCUACACCUUGUCCGUCACUAAACAGACACGACUGUGCAUAUUAACAUGCCUGACUCUUGUUUUUUAACAGACUGAGGUGCACCUGUCACUUUAAGAGGGGGUGUGUCUCAGACAAAUGGGUGUGUCUUGUUCAAAGGUGUGUGUAUAAGGGGCAAACCCUCACGAAAACAUGUUCAGGUUAUAUUUCACCUACAAUAAUAAAUAAUACAUUAUAUUUUGCAUAUAGAAAAUGAAGCAUUAUGAUUUUUGUGUUGUGACAUUUUUUUUAUGACAAAUAAAUUAUUUUUAAUGUAAUGCAUUUUUUUUGCGUCUGAUUUUUAAUAAUCAAAUUGUACCAGACCAAUACAUACAAUACACAAUGGAUUAUAGUACUUUAAUUCUUUACUUUAUAAUGUAGU